AUGUGGAUGGUGGUUAGCGAGGAUCCGAAUGGCCGGAUCCGAUAUAAAUAUCACAAUUUGGCCGCUACUCAACCGAUAUUUCAACCCGCAGAAUACAUUCGAUCGGCUGGAUUUGGCCGUGGCGGAUGUUUGAGCUUCCCAGAGCCUAGUUAUAUCGCUGCCCGAACCAUUCCAGUACAACUCGCCAAGAAGAACUAUGAGUAUGAGCAUUACGAUAAUGUCGCCAAUCUCGGCGGUGACGAGUUCUUGUCCUUCUACAACACUUACGGCGCCGUCACUGAUUCUUCCAACAGCUCUUCUUCUGGGGAAUACCAAGAGCCUGUUUAUCCAACUUCUUCGGAACGAACUUUCAUUCCAACCAGCCAUUACCAGCGAUGUUUUGUAGCGGCAGUGCCUGCGGAAAGUACCUAUUAUUAUUACCGGGAUCGCCAAGAAGAACAGCCAAGAGUUCCAUCGCCAGAUUAUUCGCCGCCGUUGUCCAAGAAUAGAGUUCGGUUCCGUCUACCCAAUGAAGUUGAACCGGUAUCGAAAGGCGCUUUUGUGAGCAGUCUUUACACGAGAACGCCGUUUCCGGAGGAUGAAAAUCCAUACGAGGAGGACCAAUCAGUUUCUCUAAAUCCGGACCCGCCGCCAAAACCGAAGCGGGUACUCGUACAUCGAGGAUGUCCAGCUGGAAAAGUCUCAGUGCAGGUCAACACACAAGGCAGGACAACGACAUGCGAGCUACCAGCAUUUUCCGAAGACCCUAUCUAUUCGUAUUUUACCAGUGGGUCGAACUCUACCAGCGAAUCGAGCUACGCUAUCUUGCCAAGUUGUAGCAGUGAGUCCAACUCGCCGGAAUACAGCUUUAGCGCUGCUUCUUCGGCCUCUGGAACGACUCCUCCGCCAUUACCACCGUGCCCGCCGCCUAUUCAUCGAUUGGCCAAAAGUCGGCCUGUUCAUAAUUUGGCUUCUGGUAAGUUUUUUUUUUUUGAGAUUUCGUAAAUUGGCUAUAAUUUUUUUAAGAUAUGGGCGUCUUGUUGUGCUCCUCAUCAAAUUAUUUCGACCUUUUGUCUUACAAACUGAACUUUUUCGGCUAUUUUUGACGAAUUUUAACGAGUUUGAUUGGUGAGACUAAAACCUCAUUUCAAGUUUUCGAUAAUGAAGUACAAUUUCUUUUAUUUGGCGAGAAGCAUCAAGUUUCUGGCUUCACUCAUCCGUAAAAUUCCACUAUAUAUUUUUUUUCAAACUUUUUAACGAUAAAAGUCUGAUUGUUUGUAUAACAACGUACGAAAUGACGCAUCUCGUGUUUGCCAACUAUAACGUUGCCAGCGGCGCUUCGUUUGAUAUACAACGCAGAAAACUUGAAUUUUUGGAACGCAAACAUUUGAGUUGGACUUUUUCUCGAGCUUGUGAACAUUUUUUCUGGGAUCAGAAAAAUGGAAAAAAUUUUGAGGCAAUAUCUCUUUUGGAAUUUGGAAAAGGUUCUUUUCUUUUUUCUUUUUAUACUUUUCAUAUCACCUAUUCGAAAUUCGCCAAGUUAAUUUGAUUUUGCUGGUGAUGGGUCAGUUUUCCUCUUCCUCGAGAAUACCACAUGUACAUCGAAAUAUUCAAGAAGUUCCUGUUCCAAAUAAGAGUUGAGAUUUUCUUUAGCUUUACAGCGAGAAAGCGAAUUGCUGUUUAGGAAGCGCAUAUUUGGUCGCGGCGGGGUUGCGUGCCAUUUGAAGUGUACCUUACGGUCGAGUGGGUCCCGAUUUUGAGGCGAUCUCAUCUUUUGAGCGAAUCGAACGAUUUUCAAGCUGUGAAUUGACAGUGGGGAGAUUUCCAGAGAAAAUGAGGAGCAGAACAGUUUUUUUCUGUAUGGAAAUCGUUUUGUAUAGAUCUUUUGACUUUUUGGUUUUUUUAAUUUCUUUUUGGGAAACUCGAAAAAGUAAAAAAAUUCUGACAACUCUUUCGAGAUACCUUUAAAAAAAGACGACCACAGAAAGCCACAUGAUGAUUCGAACUACUUAUUUGAAGUCGCCUGGACUAUUUAAAAGUUCGAAAACUUUUUUUCAAAGCUCAGUGAGCUUUUGAGAAAUUUGGUUUAGGAAAUUCACACUGAACUUUUUUAGAAAAAUAUUUUUGAUGAGUGAAUCCAUUCAGAUUUCCUCGAAAAAUUUUAAAUUUGGAGAAAUUUCAAGUUUUUGAUCGUUGAAGUUCUGAGAACCCCAGCGAAGAGUAUGAUUCUACUUUUUUUAAUAAUCGCGUUGUUUGAUCUAAAAAGACAAGCGCGUAAUGUUUUAAAGUGUGCCUACUAGUCAAAAAAUUUGAAAAUUAUUAAAAGGAUAUUCUUAAUGAACUUUUAACUCGAAACGAAAUUUUUCUCAAUUUUUCGAUUGAAAGAACUUCUCCAAUGGUUUUUUCAGCUUCUCAGAAACUACCGAAAUUUCAGAGCUCACGUUCCGAAGAAGUUUUUAAUGAUAUAUAAAGAUGCGAAUGGUUAAUCAAGGCGAAAAAAAAAGAGAAAAAAUCUGAAUUUUUAGAAAUAAAGUAUGAUAUCUGUGUAAUGAAGAUGGUUACGAAACACCCUGUCAAGAUUUUUUUUUGGUCUUCAGGGUUUUUAAGCUGAAAUUUUCAGGCGUCCCUCAAGUUCAGCCUAGUCGAGGGCUGGAAAUAACGCAAGCCUAUGGAGCGACGUCGAGGUCGACGGCGCCCAUGCCGAUGGCAACGGGCAGCGGAAUCACCCAAGUUGGCACGAUGCCAGUUCAGCUGCAACAGCCUCAAAGGGGUAGGGUUGGAUAUCGAGCCUUGUGAAUAUUUCUAUUGAUUUCAAGAAAAGUCGGGUGGCACUAGUGGACUAUUUGGAACCAGACGCGACAAGAAAAAAGACAAAAAACCGCGAAUUCGCAAGGAAGACAUCAGCAAUCCGACCAAUUUUCAGUGAGUCGAAGAAUAUUUGCUCCCGAACUUGCAACAAAAUGUGACACUAACUGAAAAAAAAAAUAGAUAAAUUUGAAAAAAGUUAAAAUUAAUACGAGUUUUUUAAUUGGUAAAUCCCGAAUAACCUUUUCAACUAACUAAAAAGCAAAAAACUUGUAGUUAAAAAAAAGGUAGAUAAAAACAUGAUCGUCAGUUUUUUGCACGAUGUUCAGCUAGUAGCAAUUGACGUGCUUAAAAAAUAGCAAAAUUCGGCGCUAAGCCUUGUACAACAGGAUGUCUAUGAAAUUGGAAGCCUCGAAAGAAGAGCAACCACUUCGAAUAUAUCAUUCACUCGAGAUUUUUUUUUCGUUCAUUUAACUAUUUCUAUUGUUCCAGACAUAAAGCUCACGUUGGCUGGGACCAGGACAAUGGCUUCUCAAACAAAGUCUACGCUCAAGAUAUGGAUCAGGAAACUAUGUUUGAGAAUUCUCCGAAACUUUCAUGAAACCUAAACAUGAAAUUUCAGAAACGUGAUCAAAGCGGCGGGCUUCAAUUUGGACGAUAUGAAUGAAAGAGAUCGGCGAUUCGCGACCAAAUUCAUCGCCAAAAACUAUGAUAAAUACGCGAAAGUAGAUGGGCUGGCGGAUGUAGCGCCGGCGCUGCCUCCUCAACCUUUGAAUGCCUGGAAUCGGGCUCCGUGAGUUUGAAUCGUUUUUUUUUUCCUUUGAAGUGGAUAAAAACUCAUUUCGUAUGCAGUUUAAGUUCCGUACAGUUAUAUUGGAUCGUCCCAUACAAGUUCAUUUAAGCAUAGAGUUCAGAAGUUUUCCGAAAUUGGCUUUAAAACCCUUUGAUGGACUGGAGGGAGUAAGAUAAGAAUUGUGUUUUAGAUGCUUGUCUGGUGUUAAACGGCUGAUCGGCUGUAGCAUCCCCGGGGGCUACGGACCAACAUGAGAGUGCGUCCAAUAAGGAUAGGACCCCUUCGUUUCUGACUUUAUGGGGAAUCUAGAAAGUUUAUCAAAAAAUCUGUGAUUGUCAUUCGGUUCAGCGUACAAAAGAACUUAUGUAACCGAAUUUCCAUCUUCCUAGCCCUUUUCUGUUCUGUUUUUAGAGCGUCCAAUAAGGAUAGAACCCUCUGGUAAUUUCGACCUUUUUUUAGACGUUUUCCGUCUUUUUUCAUUUUACAUGCGGAUUUUUCUUCUUAAGGCCACUCACGCCUCAAAUUCCAAUUUUUUGUGCGCCAAAACGUCCAGUUCCGAAACAUAUUUUUCAUCAAAAUUUAGAGAAAAAUGGGGGUUUUUCGAAUAGAUUAUUGCAGAGCGUGAAUUUUUUCAGUUCGUGAAAUGAUUUUUUUAACUUGUAGUUUUCUAAGUUUCAUAAAAAAGACGUCGAAACAAUUUAAUAAUAAUCUUAAGAUCAACUCCGAAGAUGAAGCCAUCCUUGCCGUCGGUCGGACCAGCUGCCUUCAGCACGCCAGCUCCUUCAGCUCCUCCAGCCCCUCCUCGUGUAGAAUCUCAUGGAAUUGCACCGGCACGACCUCCACCACCGCCGCCUGGACGAGAUCGCGCUCCGUCUAGGCCUCUGCCUCAUGUUUUAAAUAUCUUGAAAUAGUUGCCUCAUUUCAAAAGUUCAGGUGCCGUCCACGCCGACCUUAGAAUCGCGACCCGCUAAUGUGCCGCCGCCACCCCCGCCACCUCCUCCCGCACUGGGGCAGUCCGUCCCUGCUCCUCCACCACCUCCGCCCAUUUCCGAUGGUAAGACGAUUGCUAAUUUCUUUCUUUUUUUUAAUGAUUUUGUCUUGUUUUUUGGCACGCUGUCUCUGUAUUUUUCAAAACUGCAUUCAAUGCCGGAAAAAAAAGAGAGAGGGAAAUUUUUUCAAUGAAAUUCUUUGCAGCUGCACCUCCACCGCCGCCUCCGCCGCCUUCCUCGACAAUGCCGACUAUAACCGCCACUUUGCCGACGGCUCAACCAGGCAGAGGAAAUUUGCUGGCCGAAAUACAGGCCGGCAAGCAGUUGCGAUCUGUCAAAACGGAUCAGAGCUCGGAUUCGAGCGCUGGUGGUCGUGAUGAUGUGAUGGCCCAGAUUCGGCAAGGAGCGCAGUUGCGACAUGUUAGUUUUCUGAAUGAUUUUCGGUGGCCGUUUAGAUCUUUAUGAAAAUUCACUGAAGCUUAAUUUUGACCUGAACUACUGAGGAGUUUACAUGCAUUGGGUUUUACACGGAAUUUUAAUUCGAAGACAUCGCUGAAAAGAAUUUCCAAUUUUCGGAGAGGUGAAGAUUAAAAAAAGAAAUGCAUAUUUACUCGUUUGCUAGAGAUCAUUUAUUUUCUCGCUCUAGCUACGGGUAAGCGUUCUUGGUCUCUUAUAUCAACCGAACUUCGAUUUAAAGCGGAAAAUCAACGAUUUUCUGCAGAUUGACGCUGCCGCCGAGCAGGAGAAACGGCGUUCGACGAAUGCCGCAGUUGGAAUGGGCGGACUGGCUGGCGCAUUGGCCAAAGCUCUCGAGGAACGUCGCAUGAACAUGGGAAUCGACGACUCGAGCGAUGAUCCCGAUUCUGAAGAGAAAAACGAGUGGAGCGACUAG